AUGUCGACGACGGCAUACACCCAGCGCAACCAUCGCAGCACGUUGCAUACGACCACACCCAAGGUCGACACCUCGUGCCAACUCUCCUUUGCACCGCGCAACACGCGAUGCCAGCCACUGUACCGACCCGCGGCGCUCCGACGCAACGGCUCGCAAACCCCCGUGUCGGCCAUGCCUGUCUCACCGCCCGUAUCACCACAUGCUCUGGCCGCCGAACUGUCGCAGGCGUCCAUCAAGGCCAUCUCGCCCCAGUCAUGGCUCGGUGUACUCCCCUGGGCUUCGGAUGUAAACCACUACAAGUCCGGGGACUCGAGCGUUGCUGCUGGUGUAGCAUUGCCACGCUCGGCAUGGAGGGUGCGUCACUUCGUUCCACACCGGGCGAUAUGUGUGCGCCGAGCGCGAGAGACCGAUCCGCGCUUGCGCUAGCGCCUGGUGGGGGCGGAUUGGCGCGCGGCUGCGAGCAACUCGCGUGCCAGUGGCAUGCGGUGCGCACGCCGCUUGGGCCGACCCAUACCGUCGAUCACCGAUUGGCUGGCAACUCGCUAGGCCGCGACCUUGCCCCCCCCCCCUUUGCAUAUUCGCUCCGCUUGCUGACCUCCACCAAAUGCUCCGAUUUCAAACCGUUCACAGCCCGACGAGGAGGCAUUGAUUUGCGCAGCAAGUGACUGCUCGUUGCGUUUCGACCUGAUCAACCGGCGACAUCAUUGCCGGUGCGUUAGCCGAUCGCAUGGGCGCGCGAGAGGAGAUGGCGAGACCGAGCUGAGAGGAGACGGGCUCGAUCACUCUCGUGACAUCACAAGCGCAUAGGAGUUCACUUGUCCUGGUUUCCACCUUGUACUGACCUUAUCUUCGUCGGCUGACAGGAAAUGCGGGGAAGUGUUCUGCUCGUCACACUCGUCGCGCAUGGUGUCACUGUGGCCCCCUACCAUGAGCCCAGGUGAACACGAUAUCUCGACUCCGCCGACUCCAAGGGCAACCCCCAAGUCGACUCCGCGAUCAUCCUAUGUCGACCUGUCUUCACUCGCCUUUGCUGCAUCGUCGUCGUCGAAAUCGACGAACACUAGCAACUCCGCUUUCUCCGUCGCGGCCUCGUCCGAAAGCUCGAACUCGUCUUCGACCCCAACCUCUUCGCCUCCCAAUGGGCGACCCUUUCUGGGCAAGCCCAUGUCGUGCCGAGUCUGCGACUCGUGCUACUUCAACGCCCCCGCCUCGGUACCGCAAGCUUUGCUCACCCCGCCCCCCACGAGUUCGACUCGGUCCUUCAUGGGCUCGCCUAAGGGGCCCAUGAGCCAGUCACCGCCGAACUCGACGAACGUGCCCGAAUGGGCUCAACCGACGUCGACCUCGAGGAGCAAGUCGCGCUCUCGCUCGCGGCAUGAUUCCUCUUCGGGACUGUCGAGGAGUCGACAUGGUUCGGCCUCGGGCUCGGCCUCGUCGACGCCUCCUUCCUUCGUUUCAACGCCUCCGACCUCGUACGACUCAUUUUCUGUACUAGGCUCAAAUCCAGGCUUGCACAACAAGUCGCGAGGUGUCUCUCCUGCGGCCAGUCUUCGCGGCGCGGCGCUGUUGAGCCAUCAGCCGUUCCCUACGGUCACCAGCGCCAUCGAGGACGACGACGGCGACAUCACGGAUGAGGAGUUGAUCGAAGAAGAAGAAGAAGAAGAAGACGAUGUUCACGUCCCUAAGGCAGGGAUGCUGGUCGCGAGCGAAACGAGCUUCGGCCCACGAGGCUUCGAUUCCCUCUGGUCGACUUUCUGA